CAUGAGCAACACAGGGGCUUCACUGAAAGGUUUGUUGCUGGCGGUUCUUCUGGUGUCCAACAUGCUUCUGACCAAGGAAGGAGUGACCUCCUUGCCAAUCUGCUCCAGUGGAUCUGGCAACUGCCAAGUUUCCCUUGGGGAACUUUUUGAUCGGGCAGUUAGACUUUCACACUCCCUACACUUCCUCUCUUCAGAAAUAUUCAAUGAAUUUGAUGAACGCUAUGCUCAAGGUCGGGGUUUCAUUGCAAAAGCUGUUAAUGGCUGCCACACUGCCUCCUUAACCACUCCUGAAGAUAAGGAGCAAACUCAGCAGAUUCAUCACGAAGAGCUACUGAAUUUGAUACUGGGAGUGCUGCGUUCCUGGAAUGAUCCCCUGAUCCAUCUGGCCUCCGAAGUGCAAAGAAUCAAAGAAGCUCCAGACACCAUCCUCUGGAAGGCUGUAGAGAUUGAAGAGCAAAACAAGAGGCUUCUAGAAGGAAUGGAGAAAAUAGUUGGGCGGAUUCAUUCUGGAGAUGCUGGAAAUGAAGUUUUCUCUCAGUGGAACGGCCUUCCAUCCCUGCAACUCGCUGAUGAGGACUCCAGACUCUUUGCUUUUUACAACCUGCUGCAUUGCCUCCGCAGAGAUUCCCACAAAAUCGACAACUAUCUUAAAGUUUUGAAGUGCCGCCUAAUCCACGAUAACAAUUGCUAAGUACCUCUGGGUACAGCCGCGUAACUCGCUGCAACCAUUCAUCAUGGUGUUCUUGUUGCUUUGCCACUUUUCAUUGCGAACUUUAUGAAAAGCCACAUUGCACAGCACCAGGAUCAUCAGUAACUUUCAGGAGUGCUUGUGUGAAUUCUGCCUGCAAUUAUUAGUGCCAUUUAUCUUAGUGUUUAAAAUGCUGUAAGUCACUUGUGUAACAAGAAUAAACUUCUCUGCCUAAUUUCCUCA